AUGAACCACAAGUCCACAGCGGCGCUUCCAUCACGUGAUCCACUUCUCCAACAUCCACGGUCUCGACUCCUGUCAGGCUCCACUCUGCCGUCCAUCAUCGUACGACUUCCCCGUCAGCAGCUCCAUGUCGAUGCGCAACAUGACCCUUGGCGUGCGCGGAGAGUUUGGACUUCAUGGAUGCCAAGGCACUUGCCCCGAAAGGUGUCGUGUCGGACUUUUGAUAGGGAGCCGCUUCUCGACGUUCCUCGCGCCACCCCGAUCCGCCGUCCUCGCCACCGAGAUGCUGGCUGGGAGGUCGACCGAGUAUGCCCGCUUCUGCUUGCCGGCUUGACGGUGGGCCCCCGGUUCAGCGAUGUCGAUCGACCCCUGUCCCCGAACUUGAUGAUCCUCGCAAUCUCCAUACCGACCGUCACUCUGGAGCCUCGUCGACGCUGCAAACUCCCCGAACCGAGACCGGAUACCGCUGCGCUUGCGGCACGGCCCGCGCCUGGGCCAGCUCACCGCUCCCCUGGGUCGGACUAAGCUUGGGUGCCUGUCCUGUGUCCUGAGCUAAGGUCGGUAUUUGGGUCGGUGGGGAAUUGGGGAUCUGGGACCUUGAUGGCAUGUCGAGGGCUUGCCUAUGUCAAGGCUAUACUUACCCCUUGGUGUGUUUGGCUGGCAUGGUUUGGUGACAUGUCAUCUAGCUGGCCCAGUCCCCG